AUGACCAAUGCAGAACGGGACAAUGAUGACGAAUGUGUUUCAUCUGAAAGUCAGCAGAAACGUAUAAAAAAGGAGAAGACAACCAGCCAAGCCAUGAAACGCCGCUUGUCAAGCUCUUCGUCAGAGUCCGGUGCACCUCCGGCCAGUGGCGCAUCGGACUGUGACAGAAGACCUCUACGGAAACGAUCAGCCAUUAGGCCUGAAUUCGAGCCGGUUGCAGUACCAGACGACUACUCAGGUAACUCAGGUAAUGAUAAUGUAUACAACGACCUGCAUCAAAAUGUUGUUGCAGGAGAAGCAGUCGGGCCAGAAGAGGAUGAAAAUGCAGAUGCAGAAGAACUAUUAGAUGAAGAAGAAGUCGAGGAAGAAGAAUCAGAUGAAGCAGUCUAUGCAGAAGAGCAUGGAAGUGCAGAAGAAUCAGAAGAAGCAUUGGAUGACGACGAAUUCGAAGAAGAUAUUGAAACAAGAGAAUUCGUGGCAUCUCUUGGAUAUUCGGACGAUGAGAGGAUAGAAGACUAUGAGGAUAGAUCUGGAGAAGAUGAAAACAAAGCACUGGAUCCAGAAGAAAUGGCUGAUGACAAGGACGAUGAUGCAGCAGAAGCAGAAGAAAAAGAAGACGUUGAAGCAGAGGAUGUAGAAGAAUAUGAAGAAGUGGAGGAAUGCGUUCAAGAUGUAGCAGCAGUUGAUCGUUCAAUCAGAAGUGGAAGCCAGGAAAUGACGUCGUCAAGCAGUUCGGACGAAUCAGAUGGAAGAGAUGAGCCUUAUGAACCGGGUCGUGAUCAUGAACACGAAAGCGACGAUCUCAUCGAAGACGAAGACUACGAGUAUGAAGACAGUAGGGAAUAUAGGAAUCAAUCACCUUUUUUGGAAGAACCUGUCGAUGAAGAGGAAUUUAUGCGCACUCACAAGCCGAUCGACGACAGAGGCUUUGAUAGUGAUCGAUAUGCAAGUGGUGAUGACAUGAUUCCUUGGCAAGAAGAAGAAGAAGCAGCAACAGGAGUGACAGAAAGAGAUGAUGACAAAGAAGAAGUGAUAGAAGAAGAACAAGGUACUCAAAUGGAACCCGGACAGAGCGGUCAGAAAACGAGAAAAAGACGCUGUCGAGCUCCGAAGAGUAAAACAUUGCAAGGCGAUCUACCGAAGGGGGUUGCUGGCUUCAAGCAGCGAGUCGAAAUCAUCGAAAACGAUUACCGUCCUGUGAUGUACCGCAAAAAAUCCAUUCCUCUGCUUCGAACCAGAGACAUCAAAGCCAAAAGGACACGUGUCACGCGGCGCAUUAUGCACCACGCGGUCCACGCAUUCCACAACGAGAACGAGAACACCGAGUUUGAAAAGGUCGAAGUGCUUUCUCUUGCUGAUGUAGUCGAUAAUUACCUCUGCCGCACCAAGAUGCUUCUGCCGGAGAACGAGCGAUUCCGUGACGAGUAUCGGGCAACCGCAGUCGAGUACGAAAACUCGGUCAAAAUGUUUCAUUUCGAUCACUCGAUGAAGAAGCACUCAUGCAAGCAGAAGCGGCUGAAAUACCAAUUGUCAUGGUGGCAUCGAGAGAAAAGGCCAUUUCAACGGAUGAAAUCUGGGUACUUCGAACCUCCUAAUGACCCGAUCUUCAAAAUCAAUAACGAUCCUCACUUGUACGAGCAGCACUUUCUCACGCCUCCGAAUCAGAUCUCGCAGUUUGAGAAAGUGGCAGAUCUCAUCAAGUACCGUCUGAAUAAAGUAUAAUUCAUGUGAACUUGAAGGUAUGUAUAUCUGCUUGUUUCAGAGAAGAACAUCAAACGACGUCAUAAGAGAUUCUGCCUAUUUUGUUCGAGAAUUCUUCAUGAUGAAGGCUGCAGUGUCGCUUCAUAUUCAGGUGUCCUCCGAUAUCCCCGAGUGCUUUGUUCCUCCCAUGCUCAAUUGCGGUAUGUUGCAUGUUAUGAAAAUAAAAAUAUAUCAACUGUUCUUUUUUCAGGAUACUUCCCAGUCAGUGCUGUAACGAUUGGCGAGAAAAAGGACUACCUCAUGGCUCGUUAUCAAGAAGCGCAGGUGGAAUACGUCAAUUUGAUUUAGUAAGAGAAAAAAGAGAAAUAUAGUCAUUUAUAAAAUAGAAAACCGUAUGAUUUCAGUCGCGACAUUGAACCUCCGCCAGAGUUCAGAGUCUCGUACAUUACUGGACAAGAAUUGUAUGACUUUCACGAAAUGGGACGGCACAUUCAUGGAUUCUUCGUUGUUUGGGAAGACAUCAAUGAUGUGUAUGAUGACUACGACGGCACUAAGAAGUCAAAGCGUUAUUUGGUUGAAAUCUUCAAUUUCCUUCGCUUCCCGCUUUAUGUCGAUUACAAAAGGUGAGUGACAAGUGAAUUAGAGAUGCAAAACGGGCGAUUUUAGGCGCCUGCGCCUGUUCUGCAUCCCUAAAAGGAAUAUUAUGUAUAUUGAUUUUUUAUAGAUGGGAAAACCGAUUGAAAACGGUCUUCGAUAAAGCGAUCGUUUAUGAUCUUCAUCUGGCCGAGUUGAUCCGAGUGAAUCGGCCUGUUUUUGAUGCUCUCGCGCAAACUGAUUCUUUGUUCAAUCCAAUGAAUUUGUCCGAAAUGUGCAUGAUGGUGAGUUUCAAGGGACUAAAAAACAGAAUAGUGAGUUGAUUUUACAGAUGACGGAACAUGAGAUCACUCCAAAAUACUUCAUCGGCAGUGUGGGCAGUUUUCAAUUCUACGAUGUGAGUUGAACCGUUAAAAAGUAUAUAGAACAUAUAUUGUUUCAGUGGUGUCGAGCAACAUGCAACGCAGAGUAUUUGUCGGCGUUCGUGAUAAUUUGUGGUGGUUCAAAAGUUCUGAGGAAACCCUCAAAACCGAAGUUUCCUCAUAUCGCAGUCUACAACUCAACGAACACGGAGGUGGCUAUCAUGAACGAGAAGAGGGAGAUUAAAACUGUUGAGACGUCGGUUCCAAUUCAAGAAAUUUACGUUUUCAAUCAAGACCCAAAAGAGCCAAUCCGCAAAACAGUAAUGCGACCAAAGUUACCUCACGAAAAGAGUUCCAUCACUCGCCUCAUCGUCGACAUUCCAAAAGAGGAACCAAAGAAGCCUCGCGGACCAGCCAAACCUCAAAGAAGAGAUUUCCAUCUCGCUUUCACACGCAAAAAACUGAUACGCGUGCGUCGCAAAAUCUACAAUCUCCCACCACCUCUACCAAAAACUCCGCCGGCACCCGAGCCCAAUCAAGUUAAGAAAAAGAAGAAACCGGGCAGAAAAGUGAAAUCGAAAGAGGAAAAAGCCAUGGAGCGAUUCGAUUUCUAUACAGAUCUUCAAGCCUCUGAGUAAGUCAAUUUGGUGUGUCACAGGUAUUAUACUACUACUAUUUCAGCAUCGAAUCUGAUUACGAGAUAGACAACUACGCCUCUGAUGAUUCCGACUUGUGCGAAAGGGAAAUGCCAAAGUUGAAGAGAUCCACGUCCUCGUGCUCAUUCUUCCUCGACUACCGCUAUCAAGAACACAUGAUCAACACAAUUUCGUGGUUCCACCAAAGGAAAAUAUCGAGAGCUCCGCAGCCGGACAAGACUAGAAAAAAGAGAAAGCUCAAGUUGAUUUACCAGAAACACAUGCUUCGGUAUAAGCUCGUCAAAAGCGAUGAUUUUGCGAUCAUGGAAGCGACCGAUUGUUAUAGUGGACAGUUUCCUCGUCUGAUAGAGGAAACCAGAAUAACUAAAAGUGAGUUGACUUCAUUAACUUCAGUUCACUGGGAAUAACUUUUUUGUAUUUCAGAUGCAAUGCGUACUCCGAGAAACUUCCGAUUGCAUAACAUUCCUCGUGUAUACGCAAGAGGUGAUCGAACUAUCAUCAAUGAUGUUAUUAUAACUUUGUCUAACAUGAUAUCCAGAAUUGUCGCAACUGAAGUAAGUUAUAAUGAUUAGUCGCAGUGUAAAACAAUUGCUUUUCAGUGUGCAACAAUUCAUUGUGCCAACGGAAUGUCGUGGAUGAUCCAGAAAGCCCAUCUCGCCAGAGUCGAUGAACUCGAACAACUCACUUUCGUUGGACCGACUUCUCUACCUCCUUUCGACUACUUGUCUCUCGAGAUGAUGUGCCUUGACCGUGUAACCAGCAAAGCCGAGUUCAAUUUGGCCAAAACCGCCAUUACCAGCGAUCUCACCAGAAAAUAUGAAACCGCGUGGUUCAAAACUCCAGAAGAACGGGCCGCAGCACUCAAGAAAGAGGCAGAUAAGCUGAAGCAAAAGCAGUUGGAGAAAGAGAUUGAGGAGCAAGAAAUGCGCGAACGCCUUCGUAAAAUGGCCGAGGAGAGCAAGCUACGAGAGGAAAAGGAAAAGGCGGAAAAGGAGAAGGCGGCAGAAGAGAAGAGAGCGAGAAAGGCGGCAAAGAAGGCGAAGGCUGCAAAGAGGAGAGAAUCCGCUUUAAACGGCAACGAAGAUUCAGAGGAAGAAGAUACAGAUGACGAGGACCUCGAAGAUGAAGAAUCCGAAGAGGAAGAAGAGGAGGAAGAUGAGCAAAAAAAGCUAGCGGCUGAAAAGGAAGAAAAGGAACGUCUUGAUCGUUUGGAGAAGGAAGAAAAGGAGCGUCUGGAGAAGGAAGAGAAAGAACGUCUUGAGAAGGAGGAGAAAGAACGUCUGGAAAAAGAACGCUUGGAGAAGGAACGUCUGGAUAAAGAACGUCUGGAGAAAGAACGACUCGAAAAAGAGCGCCUGGAAAAGGAACGUCUGGAAAAGAAACGUUUAGAGAAAGAGCUGAUCGAGAAGGAACGUUUGGAAAAAGAACGCGUCGAAAAGGAACGUCUUGAGAAGGAGAAGAUCGAAAAAGAUCGUCUGGAGAAGGAACGUCUGGAGAAAGAGCGUCUAGAAAAAGAACGUCUGGAAAAGGAGCGUCUGGAGAAGGAAAAAGAACGCCUCGAAAAGGAACGUCUGGAAAAGGAGAAGAUAGAAAAAGAGCGUCUGGAAAAGGAACGCCUUGAGAAAGAGCGCCUGGAGAAGGAACGCCUCGAACAGGAACGGAUUGAGAAAGAACGCCUCGAAAAGGAAAGAAUUGAGAAAGAGCAGAGCGAGAAAGAACGACUGGAGAAGGAGCGUCUGGAAAAAGAACGUAUCGAAAAGGAGAAGAUUGAGAAGAUUCGGAUCGAGAAAGAGCGCCGUGAACGUAUUGAAAAGGAGCGCCUGGAAAAAGAGAAGAUUGAGAAGGAGCGUCUGGAGAAAGAGCGAAUAGAAAGAAGACGACUCGCCAAAGAACGGAUUGACAAGAUGCGGAUGGAAAGAGAUCGUCUUGAGAAGGAAAACAACAAGCAGAAGGCAGCGGAAGAGGAACGUCUUCGAUUGCAACGUAUCGAACAGGAGGAGAAGAAGAAAGAACAAAUGGAAGUCCUGAAGAAACUGGAAGAGUUGGAAAGGAAAGAGAAGGAACUACUCCAGAGAGGAAAAACAGAAGAGAAGUCCGUAGAAAGAAAAAUUUCCGAGCUACCCGAUGAAAGUGCUGUGGAUCUGUUCUUUGUGGCGAACAACCCGAAGAAUGUUGAGUUGAGAAAAGCUCGCGACGACUUCCGAAAUUGCAAUCCUCGCGCUUUGAUCGUGGCGACUGCAAAUGUAAGUGUGCACAAUCUAUUGCUAACUAAACGUGAUUUUCUUUCAGAAAUGGUAUGGUGCGUAUCUCAACGAAUCGAAAAUGCAGAGUGACACGCUUCGAAGUAAACUAAUGGAUCUGGUCGAGGUACGGAGAUGUUUGAAACCAACUUCGCAAAUAUAUUUUUCAGAACAACCAGGUGAACUGGUUUGACAUUGAGAAUAAGACUUUUGUGAGUAUUACGAAAUGCUUCAAAUACAUGCUCGUGGCUGAAAAUGAACGAAUGUGGACGUUCGUUUAUGACGAAGAGUUGCUCAUGAAACAUGUUUCGUUCAAUCUGGAUUCAUUGUUUUCUCCGAACCGAUCGAUGCCUUCAACGAGAUAUCAGACUCCGAACAUCACCAGCAGGCCGAACUUCACUUCAACCCCGUUUGGUCAAACACCGAACCGAACAAUCGCUCGCGGUCAGUUUUUUGAAAGAAUCUUGCCUAGAAAAACGUGUAUGUAUUCAGAUAGUACCAUACGAACACAGCAAAGGUUCACCAUAAGUAACGAGACGGAGCAACAGGCGAAGCGUGAACGGCUAGCUGUGAUGAAUGCGGAACUCAAGAAGGCCGAGGAGAGCGAGCACGCCAGCAUUACAAUUCCUGAGAAGAGGGUGGAGAGCGUAACCGGCAGAACUCGGCAGCCAAGUUUAACCUUCGAUCGGAACCAAGUGAAGACGUUGUACGAAGAAUUGUUCACUAAGGAACAUAAGUGUUCGCUUUGGGAGAAGCUUCUCGAGAUGGAACUAUCAGAGACAAAGGAGGAGCGGAAGAAAUUGAGUGUUGAGAUUGACUCGAUUGCGGAAUACAGCAACUUGGUUCCAACAAAACAAGCGUCUUAUGUUUACGGACUGUUUGGAUUGGUCGAGUUUUUCUUGACUGGAAAGCUGACGGACAUUCGAUACCACGACAAUCUUCGACUGAUGCCAUUCGAGAAGGCAUUCAGGUCACACCCCGUCAUCAAAGAGUGCAUCGACCGUUUGAUGCUGACGUCCGUCUUGAUGGCAGAAGCUGGUCAAAAUUCCAAAGAAUUUGAGAUGUUAUGUACGUUCAAUGGAUCCAGAAAAAUCUUCGAGACAAUCAUGGUGCUGGUAUCGAAGAUCUUCAACUUGGCCAUGGAAGCUGAUGUUUCUUUCCACUUUGGAAACAACACCACCGUCAACCAAUACCUCCGAACCUGGGUGUUCCUGAUAGCAGCCGAAUGCAGACAUGCGCUAACUGAUAAGUACAACGUGCCAGCAGAACACCUCGCUCACUUUUACACCGAAGCGGUUUUGCUGCACAAUGCAGUGUACGACGUCCCCGGCUGGAAGCAAAGAGUUGCAAAGUACAGAUUUGCACCUGGUCGCUAUCGAGUGGACCUUCUUCGUCGACUGUUCACAGUGAUGGGCAUUUUCAACUCUAAGCAAAUUGCAAGGAUAAGAGAUAUUGUGCAACACGACGUUUCUUUGAAACUCAAAUACCGUGGGAAACAGGUUCCGUUGGAUGCUCUCAUAGAUCACGAUGGAAGUCUUCUUCUGCAAGAAGAGGUGGAGAUGGACCCUUACGAUUAUGAGGACACAUCUGAAAAGUCGUCGGUGGAGAAGGUGGUCGUGGGAGAAAGCCUGUACUUGGUGGCGGAAGGAUUGCCUCAGACAGCGCAAGCAGAAUACGUACACAAGAAGAAUCCGACUGAAGUCGCGGAACCAGUGACGUUAACGACAAUAGCAGUGCCGGCCAGGAAGGAACCGGAGAAGCCGAAGCGCGAAGUCAAACCAGUUACACCGUUGAAGGAAAUUGUCAAGGAGACAAAGUUCACACAACCGGAUCACAACACCUCUGCGUCAAUUCAAGCCGCCAAAAGAGCAGCAAAGGGACCAGCGCUUUCUAUCGCCGUACUGAAGAGGAUCAAGCAUACAGGUGAGAUUAUAGUCAUCGGGAACACUUCCAACUUGGUUUUUUCAGCGUCCCUGUGGAAAAAGGAUUUGGAGGCAGAUUACAUCUACCACGCCAAUUCAUCUCCCGUUCGAUGUAAGUAUAUUUGAAAGCAUUUUACAAUAACAAUAAUAUCAACACUUUUUUUUACAGUCUAUCAACUUUCGUGCACCGACAAAUGUUUUGUGAAUGCAACAGAACCUAGCCAUAUUCUCAAUGCAGACACAUCUGCUUUUGUUUUGCGGCACUUUAACACGAACAACAUGCGAGCAGCAGAGGAUUCUAGUAGGGAAAUCCGUCAAACUCAUUGCAUUAAUUCAAUACUUUCAGUUCUCACUUUGUUCGACAACAUUGUUCUCACAAAGGAAGAGUUCAACAAGCUGCAAUGGACGGUUAAGUGCACAAAGAUAACAUUUGGCAAAGACAGUCCGGAAGAGAGUUUUGCCAAGCCUGCUAUUGACUUCUACACCGACCUCAGGAACUUGACCAACGUACACAAAUUCAAAAAAGCUUGUAAGUGAAAAAACGCAAUGUUAUCCUGCAAAACUGAAUAUUUGUAGACUACGAUGGGCUGAUUGCGUUCAACAUCAAGUACUAUCAGCAAUACAAAUGGUUUAUGGGCUGUAUUCUACCCGAAAAGUUGGAUACAGAAAUUCAUGAGCUGAUUACUGAAUGCACUCCUUGCUGUCCUGGCUGUACAAACGGAGACGUUGUGAUUGUGAACGAAUGCAUCUGCGAUCAUUUCGAACAGAAAGGCGGGAAGAUGUUCAUAUACGCCAGCGCCAAUCAGAAAAUCUCACUGCGCAGUGUAACACGACUCGUUGGAAGAUUUGUUUGCGAGCACGGACCUGCUUCCUAUCUUCAAUUGCACUACAACCCUCUUCUCGACUACCGCGUUCCUCCGGCUGAGUGUCCCCACGAACUCAGGGCGUGUUCUCUUCGUGUCAACAGCAAAAAGGCAAUGUUGCGAGAUCUGCAAAAGCUGUUCAACAACCAUCCAACUCAUUUCCAAGAUGACAUGAGAGCAAGUUCCGAACUGGAAUCUGACGGACAGUCUUUGGUGUCAUCGCAACUGCAAGAACCCGACAAGGACCUGUUGUGCAGUGAGGAAGAGACGUCAAUCGGGUCACAAGACCUCUCUUCAUCAAAGGAGUCGAGGAGCCGAACAAGUUCUGCGAAGGGAAAAGAAAAAGAAUUCACCGAUCGAGAAGACGACACUGAACCUACUUCAGUACGUGAAGAACGACUUGCAAAGGAAAAAGAGAUAAGGGAACAGUACACUCAAGGCAUCACUCAGGAAGCGGAUAAAAUUGAAGAUCGGAUGUCCCGCCGCCCUGUAAAGCCGGUCUUCAAGUAUUCUUGGGAAAAGUUCGUACCUCGAUCGAAAAGCUUGGAUAGUCGGUUGGACGGGCACAUGAACUUCUAUUCUCGAAGCGGACGCUGCAUGUCAGUGACCAGUUUGAACGAAUUGUCCGCUUAUGCAAAACGGAAGAUGGAACGAGGAAAAGAUAAACUGGCGUCGCACUAUCAAGAAUGCGUAAGUUUUGAAAAUUAGCGUCAACCUCAAAAUUUUUGGUAUGUUUUUCAGUUUGACGAUAUUCGGAAGAUGAACAAGAGUCAGUUGGAGAAUCAGAUGUUGAACAGUGUCGAUUUGUUCGACAAACGUAGCAAGUUGAAUAACUCUUCGAAGAAGGCAUUUAUAACAACUAUGCUGGUAAGUCAACGUUUUCACCGAGUCAGUUCUAGUAUGUUGAUUUUUCAGGAAUCUUGCAAUUUUGACAAAAAAGGAGGGCAGUGGAAGGACUACGGAGAAGCCACCAAAUUCAUCGAAAACGCCUGCUUCCUGAACUAUCGUGGAAGAAAAGUUCCGCAUACCUCUUACCGUCAAACAACUGACAGGAAUUAUGAGAAAGACAACGAGAUUAGACGGUUCGGAAUGGGCGUUUCUCCCGCUAUGGAACUUUUCUACGAGUUUGAGCAGUUCAAACUGAAGAAAAUGCAUGACGCGAGAGAAGCGGAGCACGUUGUUCAAGUAAGCCCGAUCAUUACCGACUACGUUGAGCAAAAAAUGUUUCAGGAACUGAAACGAGAGAGGGAGAACUACCAGUUCAGAGAGUUGAUCAACAGUUACCAGAAAGUGUUCCGCUUCCACGUUGGUCUCCUGGAGAAUUUUGUGAAAUUCUACGCCAAACACGUCUUCAAUCCUUACGCUGUCUACCACGCGGAGAGCAACGCCGACCUUUCUCAUCUCCGUUACUCGAUGGAAAACGCAAAAGAUCAGCUGAAUACAAUUGUCAACGCGAUGUUCAACUAUGAGCCUUUGAAUAGGCAGUUGGCAGAACUGAGACAAGUAUCGCAACGUGCUAGAGAUGAUGAGAUCCGAUUCACUGUUGCGCACCUUUCCAAAGAUGUGAUCGAAAAAGUAAGAUUACUUGAAAUUUUAUGCAAACAAUUAUAUGUUUUUAGGUUCGCUUGCCGAAAAUAGUUGAAGGUUUACCUGACUUGCCUUGGGUCAACGCUAAGGAAUUCAGAGAAUCUGUUGAAUUGUUCGCUUUCGAGGCUGAUGCCACCAUUCCGAAAUCGUUCAAUCAGGUAGUGUUCGACGAGACAGCCAAAUCGUUCGGUUUCGAUAUCGAAAACAUCCGCGACGACUGCCGUUCGUUACUUCACGGCAAACCGAAACUCUUCAACUACACCCUAAAUGCGAGCUUUGCGCAAAACUCCGAGUUGUGGACAAAUUUAAGAACAUUGAUGCCAACGGGAGAGAUCGACGAAAAAAUGGCCUUGUACUACGCACACCAAUCGCUGAUCCGUCUGUUGGAAAUUCUCAAGAUACGAUCCAUCUCUCUCACCAACAACGACAUAACGCGUUCUUCGGAUGUUUCCAAUGCGGUCAUGUAUUCCGGUAUCAUUUCCAACUGGAAGGAGGAAACGGAUGUCUGGUUCUCGUGUGAAAUGCUUAAGGAUCGUUACGACUCUGUCAGGCGAUUGAUCAAUUCCUACUCGAAGAAAUUGACGGAUCCUCAAUGCAUUGUCGAACCGAUUCGCAUCGGAACAGCCUACUACUUGAAUGAUGCGUGUUUCCUUGUGGCCGCUGUAAGAGAAGACUUCGUGCCGGUUCCUACCAAAUUUGCCGUGCCACCCUUCAGUUGUGUCAGGAACGAAAACGAAGUUCCGAUAGACUGUUGUAGCGAUAAUGGGCUCAGAAUAGUUCUGAUUGUAAGUUUCAUGAAAUAAUUAUUUUAAUUUUUAUUCACUUUUUUUCAGGUCAAUAGUGAGAAUGGAAAAGUUAGCAUUGUGUUCAAAUUAGCUGGCACGAUCGACAAAGACGAUCGCUUAGAGAUCGACACUCUUGAAGAGUACCUUUACAAGCCAAAAGUUAUGACGAAAGAAAUAUCCUUGAGCUACAUGGAUCGCUUUGAUCAAUUGCGGAAUUUAUUGAUUUCACACCAAGGGUAAGUGACAUUUUUCCUCCGUUUUUGUGAUCAUCUCAUUAUUUUCGUUUUCAGAGAACAAAAGUCCGUGUCUUUUCCACGAACUCCCCCUACUCCACAGCAGAUCUUGGCGACAUGGACCCCUAUGGAAAGCAGAAUGACGCCGAAAAACUCAAAAGAGUGGGACGUAGUCACCACUGUCACAAAAACAAGCAAAUUGACGCUCAUCCGAAGCAAGCAGAAUGUUUGA